AUGCUGUCUAUGAAACAAUCAAAUUCUCAUGGGAAAAAACGAACUAAUAAAAGCAAAUCUCGUUUUCAUAUACAUCAUUUUCAUGUACAUAAUUCGAGUAAAAAUGUGAAGAAUCUACCACAUAUUGACGCACGCAUACCAAAUGAUCCUGGAACAAGUCAAAUAUCUAAAAUUUUAACGGAAAAAGAAAUUCAACAACGCCAACUUAUUGAACAAUAUAUUUUUUCUAAACUUGAAGCGUAUGCUAAUAAACCACGUUUUUGGCAAUUGACACAUUCAUCACAAAUAAAACGACGACUCCUCAAUAAAUCAGAACAUAUAUCGAAUCUUUAUUCUUUGCCUAGUAAUUUUGUACGUGAUUCUAUCAAUCAAGUAUUCAUUAAUAUUGACAAACAUGCUUUGCAAUUACGUCAACUCAUGCAAUAUAGUUCAUGUAUAUCUUCUGAAUCGAGUUUUUUAUUUCAAAAAUUUAAAACAUCAAACAAUCAAUGGCGUUCAUUACAAUUAGAACGUGCACAGCAAAUAUUUCCAAAUAUUAUCGAUGAAGAAUUAACUGAAGAUGAGAUUUUAAAAAAGUAUUAUAAUCAUGUAAUUGAAACAUUGACUCCAAAGCCUGAUACAGGGAGUUCAAAUUGUGCUGCACAACUUCGUGAGCAACCAUUUGAUUUGAGACACGCAUAUGAACAAGCUGAAAGUCAAGGAAAAGAUUAUUUAAUGCAAAUACUACAAAAUAAUCGCAAACGUUCAACACCUGAUCUUGAACUGAUUCAAGAAAUGUUAAAUCUUGGUUUUCAACAUAUGAAAAUAAUGCCUACACAUCAAGAUUUUGACGAUGCAACAAAUUUUCGAUCGAAAAUAUCCAUUCUUCAAAACGCAAAACAAGCAUAUGAAAGUGAUUUAAAAAAUAUGGGUGAUGAUUUUAUGUUAUUACGUUUUGGUAAAGUCUUCGGACCAAAUGCAUUACCAACGACAGCACGUUGUAAUAAUCAAUUUAUAUAUCUUGUUCAUUUAUUUAUUAAAUCUAUUUCACAUCUUAUCAUGAUGAUACGAGUAACACCUGAUAACAAUGAAGAGACUUCAUCAAUCAUAAAAGCUGUAACCGAAAAUAUUUUUUCGGCCGAAAUCAAUGCAUCAAUUAUUGAGAUAAAUGAAGAUAAUUUCUUUUUACCCAAAUUCAACAUCGAUCAAUGGACAUGGCUAUUAGAAAAAUGGCGUGACGCUUUACGAACAUUUCCUAUUGUGCUAACACAAGUUGGAGGAUUUUCUCGUUUACUACGUACAACCAUCGGUAUUGGUAUUGCUCGAAUAUUUAAUUUUUCUGAAACAAUAAUUAAUAACAAUGAAACACUAGACUCAACAUUGAUAAAUGAACAAUUAUUUCGUGCACUUCAAAUGGGUUUUUAUUUUGGUAUCGCAUAUGCUGUUGUCGAUUGUGUACAAGAUGAAAUUCAAAAUAUAGAUAAGAUUUCCAUGCAACAUUUAGAGGUUUUAAAAUUAAUUAAUAAUGAAAAUGAAAGAUUAUUAACACCAAAUGAACUACUAGAUAAAUGGAUUUUGAAAAUGGAAGAUAUACUAAGCGGUGAAGAAUUCAAUAGAAACGAAGUACCGAAAACACCAUUGACACCAUUACUACUGGAAUCAUUUGAUGGUCUUAUUGCAUUAACCAAAACGAUUAAUGUAACUACUUCUGCUUUCAAUGAAUUGGCUCUUCUAUUGAGAUCACAACGAAUGGAUAAAAGAGAACCGGAAAUUUUUUACAAUGACGAAGACUUGUACUUAGGUUCCGUACUCAAAUCUCAUUUCACAUAUACAUGUACAACCUAUUUCGGUAAUAUAAAAUCUGCUCGUGAAGAGGGUAAUCGUUUAUGGAUAAUGCCGUUUCUGGGUCAAUUAACUGACGAUUGUCGAGAUUUCUAUGAUGAUAUUCAAUCGAGUUCUGUUACUCCAUUUACACACUAUGCAUCAUUUAAUGGUCGUCAACAAAUAUCAACUAAACAGUUACUUAAUCCAUUUUAUAUAUUUUUACAUCUUUGUUCUGAUAUAUAUGUAUCAUCUCAACGAGAUAUUCAAACUGGUGCGUUCAUUGGUCGUCGUAUAUCUCGUACAUUAAAAUCAAUUCAAACAAGCUCAGGUGAAUCUGCAUUGCGUGAAUUUCUUUAUUUAUUUUGUCAAGAUAAUUUACGAUUACAUGAUUAUCUUUGGAUAAAUGUUCGUAGUGAUUUUUCUAAUGUAAGCGAUCCAGAAAAAUUGUUUUUUCGCAUAAUAAAUAAAGCAAGUAUACAAUAUGCACGAACAAAUCGUAAAUUAGAAACAUAUAUUGGUGAUCAUUUAAGACAGAUUGAAGAUGCUUUACACAUUCAUUCAUUUAGUAAAACUCAAAAACCACCAUCAGUCACUCAUCCAGAUGAACAACUAUUAAUAUCAGCCAUGAAUUAUAGUGUUACAGCUGGUGGUAAACGUUUACGUCCAUUAUUAAUGAUGAUGGUUUGCGAUUUGUAUAAUAUAGAUUUAAAAAAUGUUUUACCAUUGGUUUGUGGCAUAGAAUAUUUGCAUACGUCAUCACUUAUAUUUGAUGAUCUUCCAGCUCAGGAUAAUAGUGAUUUAAGACGUGGUCGACCUACAUUACAUAAAACAACAAUCAAUAAUGAUAUACCAAACACAUUAUGUGAAGGUCGUGCACAAUUAGCAGCUGUUGAUUUAAUUGCUGUUAGUAUGAGUUUAAUUAAUCAUGAUCUUGUUAAAAAUGGAUUUACACCUGAACGUGUUAAUCAAGUGGUUAGUGAAAUAUCUUUAUCAAUGCAUGAUUUAUGUAUUGGGCAAAUGAUGGAUUUACGUGCAGCACAUGCCAGUAUAGAAAAAGAGAAUGGACAACUCGAUGAACUUGAUCGUAUUGCAUGGUUAAAAACAGGCAAAGCAAUUGAAAUUGUCCUGAUAACACCAGCUAUUUUAGCUAUAUCGCCCUCGACAUCAUCAGUAGAUAUUCAAUGUAUUGAAAUAGCAAAUAUUCGUGAAUUAGGUCGUUUAAUGGGAAUAUUAUUUCAAAUGCGCGAUGAUUUAUUAGAUGUUGAAGGAGAGGAUAUUGGCAAACCUAUGGCACUUGAUAUAAAAAAUAAUACAACUACUUAUGUGUCCGUACUAGGUAUUGAAGGUACUCGACAACGUUUAAAAGACCUUCGUCGACAAACAUUAAAAUUAGUCGACGAAUGUUGGUCAUCAAGUGCUGGAACAAUUAAAGACGUUGUUAAUUAUAUUGUUAAUCGAAAAAAUUGA